CUUUGGAUUCUCCAUCAGUUCAAUGAGACCAUUUUUUCAUUCAAUGCUCAAUUCACGAUCCAAACCGGUCAAUUCUGCGUCAACCUUCAUAUCUCAACUUUACAUACACACCAAGCACAAACCUUCUCAACCUUACCGCCGUAUUCGUCCUCCCAAACCAUCCCCCGAACAACCUGGCCAACACUACCCAAAGCCUGUCCGCAGACCCAUACCAUUCAUCACCAAUCUCAAACAGGUCCAAGACCCAGAUGCAGCACUCUCUCUCUUCCAUGAAUACCAUCAAAUGGGAUUCAAACAUGAUUACCCCUCUUACGCUUCUCUCAUUUACAAGCUCGCUCGUUCUCGUAACUUCGAAGCAGUUGAAACCCUUUUACAUUAUCUCCAAAUCUAUGACAUUCGAUGUAGAGAAACCCUUUUCAUUGCACUCAUUGAACAUUAUGGGAAAGCCAGAUUGCCGGAUGAAGCCAUUAAUCUCUUUUACAAAAUGCGUUCUUUUAACUGUGCUCGUACAGUACAGUCUUUCAAUACACUUCUUAAUGUACUCAUUGAUAAUGGUCGGCAUUGUGAUGCGAAGGAGAUGUUCAAGUGUUCCUCCAAGAUGGGAUUUCGAUUGAACUCUGUUUCGUUCAAUAUUAUGAUCAAAGGGUGGCUUGAGAAGGGUGAGUGGGAAAAAGCUUGCCAGAUGUUUAAUGAAAUGCUUGAGAGAGAGGUUGAACCCACCGUAGUGACUUAUAAUAGUAAAAUUGGGUUUUUGUGUAAAAAGGGUGAAUUUGAUAAAGCAAAGGGUUUGUUUGAGGAGAUGGUGAAAAAGGGGAAGAACCCGAAUGCAGUCACUUAUGCUUUGUUGAUGGAAAAUUUGUGCUCUUCGGGAAAGUAUAAGGAAGCAAACAAGAUGAUGUUUGAUAUGGAGUAUCAAGGGUGUAAACCACGGCUUGUCAAUUAUGGUGUUUUAACGAGCGAUCUCUGCAAGAGGGGGAAGAUUGAUGAAGCAAAGGCUUUGCUUGUCGAGAUGAAGAAAAGGCGGAUUAAGGCAGAUGUUGUGAUGUACAAUAUAUUGAUUAAUUAUUUGUGCAAGGAGGGUAGAGCUGCUGAAGCUUAUAAAGUAUUGGUUGAAAUGCAGGUUAAAGGUUGUGAGCCAAAUGCAGCUACAUACCGGAUGAUGGUUGAUGGGUUUUGUCAUGUGGGGGAUUAUGAGGGAGGUUUGAAGGUUCUCAAUGCAAUGUUAAUGAGCAGGCAUUGUCCCCGUUUGGACACUUUUUGUUGUUUAAUUGUGGGCCUAUUCAAAUCUGAGAAGAUGGAUGAUGCUUGCUUUGUGUUGGAAGAAAUGCAGAAGAGGAAAAUGAGAUUCAAUUUGGAGUCUUGGGAAGCUCUAGUUACGGAUGCUUGUGAUAAAGAUAGAGCUGCAAGUGAACUUGUGAUUGAACUGGUCUCUGCCCAUUAA